AUGAGCGGCCUAGGUAUCGUUCUUGAAGAGGCCGAGUCGCCUGUUCCGCUGCGAGCUAUUUUGGCGGCGCCCACGCCUCAGUCGCCUCGCAUUGCCCCUCCUAACUUCACUGACUCAGAGGCGCUUCUACCACCGCUUCCUGAUGAUGCGGCAGCCACGGUGGCUCGCACUUCCACUGCAAGUCCCCUCGUGGCUCCCUCCCGGUUGCAUUUCCAAAUGACAGGCUCCCCUGUAGCCAGCAACAUGGAGUUUGCCGACGAGUCUCUGCCUUCGCAACUGAUUUCCUACGACAAUGACUUGGUGCGCACGCAACAGUCCCACAAGGUGCUCAGCGACUUGUUCUCGGACCAUCUGAUGUAUGAGCUUGAUUCCCUGGCAUUAAAUGAAUCCACACCCAUGUCGUUCCCUCCGGCAGACCUGACUUCCUCCGGGAACAACACUGUUCAUCUGCACCAGCCUCCUAGCCUGACUUCGGGCUCUGCGGGGCUGACCACGAAUACAUCGCCGUUAAAGCGAUUGAAGAGCUUGAAAAACGGUAUCCGCAAGCUCUCGUUGCUGAAGAUGAGCUCGCUGCUGUCAGUCAGCUCUCCAGUGGUGGCUGAGACUCCGGUGGCACCUCCAAGGCCCACCUUGACUCCCACGUACACUGACCCAUCACAGGAUGUGAGCCUGCUGUCGUCCACAGGCGACAGUUUGCGCUCCAGCACUUUCAGCUCGCUGGCCGGUGUUGGCCAGCUGGCUCCAGCUUCAGGCUCUACGCCUCAGGCCCCAGCUCAUAUCCACACCGCCAGUCUGGGUCUGCUUGCUAAGGCCCGCAGACGCACAUUGUCUGGGUCGCAUUGCACGCUGGCAGCCACCACGCCACCACUUCCACUGCCCAUUAUUACCUUGUCGGAGAACUUGAACACCACCAAGGAGACUAUGGUGGAUAUUGAACUGAAUUUUUUCGAGAAUAUUGGAACUGUUGGUGGAGCUGCCAGUGACAAGGACAAUCUUGGUAAGCUCACCACCUCGGAUGAGCUCAUUGAGUAUUCCUUGUACUUGAACGAGCACAAAAAGUUGGUGGUUGGAGCCUACGAUGCAACUCGUGAACGUUUGAUCAGUUCCGGGUGGUGCUCCAACCAUGACUUGGAGAAUUUGAGCCUCCAGCGGGACUCUUCGUUGAGCCAAAUCGAUACAAAGCUCUUGCAGAUCGAAGAGAAACUCAACCUGGAAUACCAGUUGCUGAUGCUCAAUAAUCCUACUCUGGCCAUGCCUCGAGGCAAACACGCAAGCAAUUUGCGUGAAGCAUCCUUGAGUCCUAGUCUCAAGGUUUUGGAGAGCCGGUGUUUUGCCUUCACCGGAAGCGAAGUUGAGUUGCGCUAA